GUUGUUGUUUAAAACAACGCAGAAUUCUCACCAAGUUACAACGUCCGCCCGAAUUGGUUAAACACAUUUAUUUAUUUUUUAAAAUGGCAAAUCUUUAAAAAAUCGCUAUGGACAUUUUAAAGCAGGAAAUUGAAAGGAAAAGGAAGUUGCUCCAGGAAAAACAGCUUCUGCAACCGGCCAAGAAGUAUUUUAAACGAUCAGAAUUAGUUCAGAAGGAAAAGGAAGAAUAUUAUGAAAAAUAUGGAGGAGAAAAACCAAAAGAGGAGAAAGAGGAAGAGACAAAAUCUGGUAUAUCAUGCCCUGUUGAGGAUGUAAUCGAUAAGUCCGCCCUGUCAAGAAAGGAAGUAAUAAAAAGGUUACGAGAACGAGGAGAGCCUAUCCUUCUUUUUGGAGAGAGCGAAUUUGAUGCUUUCAAACGGUUAAGAAAAUGUGAAAUUCUUGAACCAGAACCGAACAAAGGCUUCAGAAAUGAUUUUCAAGAGGCAAUGGAAAAAGUGGAUCAGGCAUAUUUGGAUGAAUUAUUAAAAACGCAAGCUGAUGAUUCAGCAGAUGUUGAUAACAGGAAAAAACAGGAAAAGCCAAUAACCUAUGAAGAAGUUCAGCAAAUGGCUGUUAAACUUGGAAGAGGAGAUGCUAAAUAUGAUAUGGACAUUAUUAUACAUUUCCUUCAGCUUAUGAUACGUUUGUGGGGUGAAGAGCUGAAUAAAAGGAGUGAGGCAGAGAAAAUUACCACUAAAGGAAAAAUGGCCCUUGCAACAUACACCCAGACACAACAGUAUUUAAAGCCAUUAUUGAACAAGCUGAAAAAUAAAACACUCCCUGAAGAUAUUCUGGACAGUUUAACAGAAAUCGUAAGACAUCUAUUGGACAGAAAUUAUAUCAUGGCGAGUGAUGCAUAUUUACAAAUGGCAAUCGGCAACGCUCCUUGGCCCAUUGGUGUCACUAUGGUCGGUAUUCACGCUAGAACAGGGAGGGAAAAAAUCUUUUCAAAGAAUGUAGCGCACGUGUUGAAUGAUGAAACACAAAGAAAAUACAUACAAGGAUUGAAACGACUGAUGACAAAAUGCCAACAUCUUUUCCCCACGGAUCCAUCAAGAUGUGUUGAAUACACUCCAACAAAUUCAUAAGACCAUAAAUAUUUAUGUUUAUUUUGUAAAUAUUUUUUGCUCGUAUUACGAAUCGUUGAUAUUAUUUUUUUUGCAUCCAAGAAUUAUCGGGG